UAGCCAAGUUCCUUGUAAUAUAGCGACAUACAGUAGCUAUCGGUUGUGAGUGAAAGCAUUGAAGCUUGUGUUGAGCGCAGCAGAGGUGUCAGCAUUUGAUAAGGGCUCUAAAAAUACCCUCGCCUCCUGCAGCGAGACACUGAGCAGACGCGAUGGCGCGAGCGUUUAGCUGCAGUGAUGCUGCUGAGGAAUUAAACUGCAUUCAACAGUGCAUCAGCAAACAGAAUAACAAGACAGCUUACAGAAGACGACAAUGGACCGUGAUAAAACCGCAGCGCAGACUUUGUGGGGGAGUGAAAUCAGUAUUUGAUCCCCUUCCAACCAGCAAGAAUCCUGGCUCCCACAGAUUGGUCACGUGUCCCUGUGGAACACAGUUUAGUCCGGUCACUUUAAGAAGUUACUCCUAAUGUCAGCUGGUUAGGUGUAUAAGACACCUGUCCACAGUCUGUAUCUUCCAUCCCAGCUUCUCCCAGCAGCACGAGCGACACAACAGAGCUGUGAAAGGAUGUCAGAGACAAGAUUGUAGAUCUGCACAAGAUCUGCUGGAGUGAGCUACAAGAGCAUCAGCAGGAAGCUUGGUGAGAAGGAGACAACUGUUGAUUAAUCAGAAAUGGUAGAAAUACAAAAUAGGCAUCAGUUGAACUCGAUCUGGAGCUCUGUGCAAGAUCUCAGCUCUCGGGGAAAGGAUGAUCAUGAGAAAGCUGUGGGAUCAGCCCCGAACUACACAGGAGGAGCUUGUUACUGAUCUUAACGCAGUUAGGACACAGUCAUUAAACAAAACAUUGGUAACACACUACGGACUGAAAUCCCCCUGCUCAAGAAGGCACAUGUACAGACCCGUUUAAUGUUUGACAGUGAACAGCUAAAUGAUUCAGAGAAGACUUGGGAGAAAGUGCUGUGGUCAGAUGAGACCAAAAUUGAACUCUUUGGCAUUAACUCGACUCGCCGUGUUUGUUUGGAGGGAGAGAAAUGCUGACUAUGACCCCAAGAACACAAUCCCUACAGUCGAGCACAGAGGUGGAAACAUUGUGCUCUGGGGCUGUUUUUCUGCUAAGGGUACAGGACGACUCCACAGCAUUGAGGGACACAGACAGGGCCAUGUACUGUAAAAUCUUGGACAAAAACCUCCUUCAGCCAGAACACUGAAGAUGGGUCAUGGAUAUGUCUUCUAGUAUUACAUUGACCCAAAAUCAUACUGCCAAGGCAUCAAAGAAGUGGCUCAAGAAUCAGCACAUUAAGGUAAAGAGUGUCCCAGCCAGUCUCCAGACCUCAGUCCUAUAGAAAAUCUGUGGAGGGAGCUGAAACUUCAGGUUGCGAAAUGACAGCCAAGAAACAAAGGAUUAGAAGAGAAUCUGUAAAGAGGAGUGGAUCAAAAUCCCUCCUGAGAUGUGUGCAAACCUGGUGACCAACUAAAAAAAAUGUCUUACCUUUGUGCUUGCCUACAAGGGUUUCUGCACCAAGUACUAAGUCAUGUUUUGCCUGGGGAUCAAAUACAUAUUUCACUCACUGAAAUGCACAUCAAUUUCUAACCUUUAUAUAAUGUUUUUUUCCUGGAUUUUGUUUGGUUGGUUUUCUGUCUCUAUCCGUUAAAACAAAUCUACCAUUAAAAAUUACAGACCCAUUUCUUUGUAAGUAGGCAAACUAACCAAAUCAGCUGGGGAUCAAAUAUUUUCCCCACUGUAUCUGUCUGUCUGUCUGUCUUUUUGUUGCAAAAUGUGAAAUAUAUUUGAUAUAACACUCAAAUAGUAACCAAAAAUAUAUGGCCUAUACCUCCAGUAUGUAAUAUGUUUAUUCAGCCAAAGCCUCAGAAUGCCAUCACCAUCGCCGUGUCCUCCCGUGCCCUCUUCAAUAUGGAUCGAGAGCAGGACAUUUAUGAGCAGCAGGGAAUGGAGGAUUACCUGAAAUAUCAGAUCCAACAUGAGAUCGAGCCAUUUGCACCCGGACCUGCGUUCCCCUUCAUUAAGGCAGUGGAGACAGUGAACAUUCGGCUCAGGGAGCUUUAUCCAGACAGUGAAGAGCUCUUUGACGUGGUUCUGAUGACCAGCAAUCAUGCUCAUGUGGGACUUCGGCUCAUAAAUUCAAUUAACCAUUACCAGCUAUUUAUAGAGCGCUUUUGUAUGACUGGAGGCAACAGUCUUAUUGGGUAUUUGAAAGCCUACCACGCCAACCUUUAUCUGUCAGCUGAUUCAAUGAAAGUUAGAGAAGCCAUUGAAGAAGGAAUUGCAGCAGCAACAGUAUUCUCACCUGGAAAAAUCACUUGUUGUGAGUUGUCGGAGACUCAGCUGCGAGUGGCCUUCGAUGGAGAUGCCGUUCUCUUUUCAGAUGAGUCAGAGAUAAUCUACAAAGCCCACGGACUGGACAAGUUCUAUGAGCAUGAGAAAGCCCAUGAAAAUAAACCUCUUGAUCAUGGACCACUUAAGGGGUUCUUGGAAGCUCUAGGGAAGCUGCAACAGAAAUUCUAUGCCAAAGGUCAGCGCCUGGACUGUCCCAUCCGCACCUAUUUGGUUACAGCUCGCAGUGCAGCCAGUUCAGGCACCCGGGCCCUCAAGACGUUACGCUCCUGGGGUCUGGAGACAGAUGAGGCCCUCUUCCUAGCAGGAGCCCCUAAAGGCCCCAUGCUGGAAAAGAUCAGACCUCACAUCUUCUUUGACGAUCAAAUGUUCCACGUGAAGGGAGCGGCAGAACUUGGGACUGUGGCGGCUCAUGUUCCCUAUGGGAUUGCCCAGAAGAGUCAAUCAAAGACAGCGAGGGAUGUAAAAAAAGACAUGCCAGAGUGAAUGCUGCUCUCUUCAUCCGGGCUGUGACGAGUUUAUAUAAAGGGAUGUUUCAACCCCAAAUUUUAAAUCUCUCAUCAUUUACUCCUAGAUUUACACAUCCAACCUGUGUGAGUUUAUUUCUUCUGUUCAGCCCAGAAGAAGAUAUUUAGAAGAAAUGUUAGUAACCAAUCAGCUGAUGGUAGCUAUUGACUUUCAUAGUAUGGAAAAAAUAAAAGUACUAUGGAAGUCAGUGGCUACCAGCCAUUUUUAAGUUUUUUUUUUUUUUGUGUUAAAAUAGCCAGUGUUGCUUUUCCAGCUCCCAAACAUAGGCCAGUUUGUUAGUGGCAGACCCUUUGCACUGAACAUCAUAGUUUUGAAGUUGUUUACUACAUUAUAUCAAGCCAUAAAAAAAGAAAGGCAAAAGUUGGUAUUAUACUGUUGAGUUAAAUUGUUACACUUUCUGUUCGAAUGUAAUAGCAAAUGUUAUUUAUUUUAUUAUGCCAGAGUCUAGCUAAAGCUAAAAUACACCAAGUGCGUGUUGGAUAUCAUAAAUAUAGGCUUUAGCCAUGCACAUUUUCAGCUUUUAUAUUGUAAUGGUCUGGUUUUGAAUCACCAUCUCUGUUCUUGUUUACUGUAAAGGGCUGUUUUACACUCUGUAUUGAAACCUUUAUGUGUGUACAUCAGUUCUUCAGUGUUUAAAUCCAUCAGUGUUACACAUUUGGUUCACGUGUUUGUGAAAUCCUGUGUGUUACUCAGGGCAUGCUUAAGUCAGUGUUUUGCACUAAACACCAUAUUAAACAGUGAAUAAACAGUU